GUUACGUCCCUUUGUAAACAGCAUGGCCGAUUCAUCAGCUAAAGGGCAUGAUAUGUCCGUUGAAAAAUCACAGAAGCAAAAAACGCCUCAAGAAUGGAAAAAAUGGAAAGAGGAAAAGAAGGCAAGGAAGAAGAAGUGGAGGGAACAGAAGUUACUAAAUAUGAUGGAGAAGGAGAAGAACAAAGAACGGAAGAAAGAAGAAGCAGAGGAAAUGCGUCUCAAACAGGAAGUCGAGGAACAGAAAAUAUAUGAUCGGCUAGGAAGAAAGUACACUGUGUCGAUUGCUCUGCCUGGGUCAAUCUUGGACAAUGCCCAGUCUCCAGAACUCAGAACCUAUCUGGCUGGACAGAUUGCACGUGCGGCUGUGGUGUUUAAAACCGAUGAAAUCAUCAUUUUUGAUGAAACUGGAUCCACAUCUUCGACGACCGAAGGCGACUUUGCAGGGAUAGGGAAGAAAGGCCAGGCCAAUGUCCAGAUGGCCCGCAUCCUGCAGUACCUAGAGUGUCCCCAGUACCUGCGCAAGUCUUUCUUCCCCCAGCACAAGGACCUGCAGUAUGCUGGACUGCUGAAUCCCCUGGACUGUUAUCACCAUUUGCGUAUUGAUGACGUCAGCACAUACCGGGAAGGUGUGGUCCUCAACAAACCAAUCCGAGAAGGGAGGGGGUCGUUCGUCAAUGUGGGGCUCUACAAGGAGGUGCAGAUUGAUAGACAGCUGAAGCCUGGAGUCCGAGUCACGGUCAAGUUGGCACCACAAGAAGAAGACAGGAAACACGUGAGGGGAACCGUGGUGUCCCCCAGUAGUCCACGGACCGAGGCCGGCCUGUACUGGGGCUACAGCGUCCGUCUGGCCGCCAGUCUCGGCGCAGUCUUCACCGAGUGCCCCUACAAACAGGGCUACGAUGUCACCAUCGGCACAUCAGAGAGAGGGGGCGACGUCGACGAUUUCACACUUGACAAGUUUUCCCAUGCUCUGGUGGUGUUUGGUGGAGUCCAUGGUCUAGAGGCGAGUCUGGAUGCUGACGAAGGGCUGAACGUGGACGACCCAAGCUUCCUCUUCCAACACUACCUCAACACCUGCCCUGACCAAGGAAGCCGCACCAUUCGGACAGAGGAAGCGGUCCUCAUCACGAUGUCCAGUCUUCGUCCCAAGUUCGUCGAGGCAGAUAUGAGAGGGAAACUUUCAUGACAAUGAUGAAGUGUCACAUUAAUCAUCAUCAUCAUUGUUUAGUCAUUGACAACACCAUCCAUUCAUGCACUACUUAUGGGUAGUACUGUACAAUGUGAGAACCCCGUUUAUGGUGAACCCGACAAUGCAUGAAUAUUGCUAAAAGCGGCGUAAAACUAAACUCACUCACUCUAUCAUUCAGUACUUUUUGUACAUUUUAAAGCAUAGCCAAAAGACAGCACUAGAAGUGUCCUCAAGUUGGAUUACUCCCAUGAGAGAGCUAAAGCCUGUUUAAAUUUGUGGUAAGAGAGAUUGUGACGUCACUUCUGAGCCAAACCAAUGUUUGUGAAAGGGUCGAGGAUCUAUAUCCGGAGUGAAUAUGAAGGAUCAAUGGAUGAGGCUGCAACACUGGAUUUCAACGCUUUUAUGAUGAAAGACAAGGUCUGAAGAAUUCAUGGUUGAAAAACUACUGUACUUUUUGUACCAACAUUACAGUUUUACGAUAGUCAUGAAAUCAGUAGCCUCAAAUUUCUGUCAGAAGAUGUAGGGACAGUUCAUUUACCAUCCAGGGGUGUCAGGGUGGUUUGAAGAUAGGACUAUAUCAUAUUUUGCCCCCUCUAAUUUUGGUAACAUUUUGUUAUGACCCCACCCCUUCCAAAUAAUGUAUAACAAAUGGUUAUUCCAUGUUUAGAUUUAUUUUUAGCAAAAGUAAUUUUGCUCUCAGUGUCAUUUUUUCAAUCAACCCCUCCCUUGAUCAAAUAUAAGUGCAUCUUUUUAAUUGCAACAGCCAUUCAUAAGGGUCUUGAUUCGAUAAACUGUAAAGUUGUACAUAACUGCCAAGAAAUUCAUCAUUUUAUUGUGUACAUUAAAGAAAUAUCAUCAUAUAUUGUAGUUCAGCCAGCUAAACGUCGUGUUCCAACCAAGGUAUACACCAACGUGGGGCACUGUAUACCUUAGUAGGAACACGUUUAGCUGGCUGAACUACAUAUAUUGUAGACCAUUACAUAAUUAUAAUGUGUUUUUGCAUCAUGUCCAUUUGUUUUGUACAGCUAAUUUGUCUGUAGACUGAUUAAUUGGUGAGUAGAAAUAUUUCCAGUAGUUAUUAGUGGAGCAACUGUUAUAUGUAUAUGAUACAUACUGAUCUGUAGGGCAGUUGGGUAGCCUAGUGGUAAAAGCAUUUACUUGCCAUACCAAUUCCCAACAUGGGUACAAUGUGGGAAGCAGCUGUGUCCCUGUUUUGAUAUUGCUGGAAUAUUGCUAAAAGUGGCGAUAAACUGUACGACACUCACACUGCUGAUAUUUCAUCAGCUUUGAUUAUGUCACCAUUGUCAACCAAAAUCAAAAUAGUGCCUCAGUUUUUAACAAGUAGUUUUCAAUUACAGUCGAGCACUGGUGUCUUGAUAUUCAUGGGACCAAGAAAAAAUAUCGAGUUAUCCAAACUUAGAGACAUCCGACCAGGGCAUAUCGUCACAUAUCCCUAUAAAUGAAAACAAAGUGCUUCUCAGAUAUCCGAAAUAUCAAGACACCCGUAUUGAGUUAAAAGAGCUAGAAUAAUGAUAAAUUAUGAAGGAUUUUACCGGACCGAGAUGUUCUAUCAAGACAACAGGGAUAUCGAGUUAUCAGAGUUUGACACAACUGUGCACAACGGUGCUCGAGUGUAGUUCUUUACUGCCAUGCAUGUCUUUAUUGUAGAUUUACAGAGUCUUUAAUGACAAUUUUGAUUUGUAGCUCAAAAUGUUUUUUAACACCUUACUUGAAGAAUUUUAUGACCUUGUGUGGAUUAGUCACUUCAUACAAGGAAAAAAAGGUUGUUACUGUUUAGGUGUUUCAGAGGUCAAAGAUUAAACUUAUUAUAUGAGAAAUAACACUUGCAUUUUGUUCAGUUUUAAGUUUUAUCAGUUGUGUUUUUAUGAUGGAUUUGGUCAGUUCAGCAAGUCAGAGAAUUGAUAAAAUUUAAAACUGUUAACCAGAGCAUUUUCAAGAGCAAAUUUGCUGAGCCAGCAUGUUUAUCAGAUAUUACCUGUUUUAGUGUUACCCGAUUGUUGCAUUGUACAUGUAGCAUCCUAAAGCCCUAAUGUUAUCAUGAUAAUGUAGUGGACUUUUGCAACAAACCACAUCAAUUUCAAAUACUGUAUCUGAUGAAUGAUCUGACCCUAGAAAUAUAUAAAUGAAAUAAUGAAAUGUGGGGUUUUGCUCUAGUUUCUUAA